UCUGAGUAAAAGGAAAGAAGAAGUGAAAUCAUUUUAAAUAACAAAUAACACAGAUCACGCGGUUUAUUUUUUGUCUGAUGUCACCAAAAACAGGAAACUUUCUGGCUUUUAGAUCCAGAACUCACAUCAUAGCAGCACUUGUGUGUUUCUCACAUUACUGUGGCUACUAACUUUUAUAUGCUUGAAACCCAUUUGCUCAGUUGGUUCAAGCGAUGAAGGCGACCGUACCCUUUUACACAGCCUACCUGCUAUGUUUGGUGCUCAGCCUGGUGUGUGUGGUACUGGUCGUCCACUGGAAUUUCACCUACCUUGGUGGUUUCUCCUGGGAUGGGAAAAUCACGCAGUUCAACUGGCAUCCUGUACUCAUGGUGAUUGGCCUGGUGGUGCUGUAUGGAAAUGCUGCUGUGGUGUAUCGUGUCCCACUGACCUGGACUCAGGACAAGCUGCCAUGGAAGAUUCUCCAUGCCUGCCUCCUCCUGCUUGCACUAAUCUUCACCAUUGUGGGCUUGUGUGCGGUGUUCGACUAUCACAACGCCAAUAAUACAACAAACUUGUAUUCACUGCACAGCUGGGUGGGAAUCCUCACCAGCGCUUUGUUUGCCACUCAGUGGGUUGCUGGAUUCGGAGCUUUCCUCCUCCCGUGUUCCCCCCUGCCUCUGCGAGCGUUCAUCAAACCUUCUCAUGUGUGGAUGGGAGCCAUUAUCUUGGUCCUCAGCGUCGUGUCCUGCAUUUCAGGCAUCAACGAGAAGCUGUUUUUUGAACUAAAAACGGAGACCAAUGGGACGCUGCCGUACAAGCAGCUUCCACCGGAGGCGGUACUUGGCAAUUCACUUGGCAUUGUCAUUGUGGCUUUAGCACUGGUUGUCCUGAAAAUCCUGUCCAAUCAAACUUGGCAACGUCCUGAGCCAAGGAACGAAGAGGCGGGCUACAGGCAACUGCCAGGUGAUGACAGCUGAAAUCUUAAAGCCUUUCAGAUGGCUUUUUCAAAGCUGUCUGCAUUGGAUAAGUUUAAUGCCUAGAAACAGAUGCUCAGGGUGUCUUAUCUCAGAGCAUUACAUUAUAUAUUUUUUUCAUAAUUAUUAAUAUUGCACCACUUGUUUUUUUUGUGUGUGUGAAAAUGCAGUGCAUCAAAAAAGUGUUUGUAUGAUAAAUAAACAUACAGAUCUGCAUUACAUUAUAUGCUACUUAACAAAAUAACAGCAGUAAAAUAUGCAAUUUAAAAUAAAUGAAAAAAUUCAAGCUA